AAAAUCAGAGAAGCAGAGGAGAACACAAGAGGAUAUACAGAGGAGGGACAGGGAAGCAGAGGAGAACAAGAAGAGGCUGGAGCAGGCACAGCAAGAUGUUAAAAUAAAAGACAGCAAAAUCCAGACAAGGGACAAACUCAUACAGGACAGAGACAAGAAGAUAGAGACUACAAAGACAUUACUGGAUGCAAAAGAUUUACAGAUCAAAAAAGUAGAGAAUGAUCUCAAAGAGAAGAAUACCCUUCUAAAAGCUAGAAAUGAGGAGAUGGAGAGACUGACUCAACAGCUAGAGGAGAAAAGAAAAGAGAUAGAGGGUUUACAAGAACAACUAGAAAAGAAGACUAAAAAGGUGGAGGAGAGAGUGAUACAUCUAGACAGAAUGAAAGGACAUGGAGAUGGUGGAGGCUUCCACUCUGACUCAGAGGCCAUAAGAGCUACCAAGCAAGUCUUUGACUACAGAUCUGACUCCAGCUCUUCAAGACCACAACCAAGACCAUACGAGCAACACCCACGACCUGUCAGGAAUGCACAAAGCUAUGACUUUCUUCCACCUCAGAUGACAGGAGAGAGUCCUGGUCCAACUCUCCCAGUGUCUCCUGCUGUGUCUGAGCUGAGGCUGGUGCUGCUGGGGGGGAGUGCAGCUGGGAAGAGGGCAGCAGGAAACACCAUCCUGGGCACAGAGGAGUUUGGGAGGCAGGCCAGCACACACACAUCCACAGACACCCAGCACAGUGAGAGCAGACAUGGCGAGAUGGCUGGGAGACGGGUGACUGUGGUGGACACUCCAGACUGGUUCUGCAGUGGACUCUCUGAGAAGGACAUGAGGCAGGACGUGGGGCUUUGUGUCCGUCUGUCUGCCCCAGGACCUCACGCCUUCCUCCUGGUGGUUCCAGUGGAGCCGUCUGAAGGGGAGGAGAGGAGGAUGCUGGAGAAGAUGGAGGACAUUUUUGGGGAGGGAUGUUGGAGACACACACUGAUCCUCUUCACCCAUGCUGAGGGGCGGGAAGAGAGGAGUGUGGAGGAGUUGCUCCAAACAGGGAGCCAGGAGCUCCAGCAGCUGGUAGAGAAAUGUGGGAACAGAUAUCACCUUCUCAACAUUGGCGACAGACCUGAUGACACUGAGAUCACACAGCUGCUAGAGAAGAUAGAAGAGAUGGUGACAGGAAACGGAAAUACAUUCUACAGCAGUAAGACCUACCAGGAGGCAGAGAGAAAACUCAGAGAAAUAGAGAGAAGGAUUCAAAGUGAACGGAAGGUAGGAGAUAAGAAACCAUUGGAGAAAGUAGAGAGGAUAGGAGAGCAUGAUAAAACUGUGCAGGAUUCUCUGAAAAAGAUGGAAGGAGAGAUACAGCAGCAUGAAGGAGAAAUAAGAAUGUUAGAUAAGAGAACAACAGAGAUAGAGAGGAAAAUGAAAGAAGAGAGGGACGAGCAAAAAAGGAAUGAAUUGGAGAGGGAAUUAAGGAGAGAAAGUAGAUUAAGAGAGGAUAUAGAGAAAAAGCUGAAGAGAGCAAGAGAAAAGAGAGACAGAGAAAGAAGAGUGACUGACAUGAGGCACAGAGAGGAGAUGAAGGAUAUGAGAGAGCUCUAUGAGAGAGAGGCCAGGGUUGAAGUAGAGAAAAGCCUCAUGAAGAUCAUUCUACAUGAGCUACAGAGAAACAUCAGCAUCACCAAGGAGAUCCAGGGCUUCAACAGAGACGUACAGGGCAACAUCGGAAUGAGCAAGGAGAAGAUGGAGGGGCAGUUAAGAGUACAAUUUGAGCAGAAAGACAGAGAGAUUAAAACCCUCCGCCAAACACUUAAGGAGAAAGAGAUUGAGAUGGCUAAAAUGAGGCAGCCAAAAAGCAAGGGAGACCAAAAAUUAGAGGCACAUUUAUCCAUGGCACAACAAAGAGAGAAGGACAGGGAGAUAGAGAGAUUGCAGCAGACAUUGGAGGAGAAAGAGAGAGAAAUAGCACGAAUGAAGCUAAAACAGGGAGGAGACGGGGGGCAGGCAGAGAAUGAGCGUUUGAGACAGAUUAUGGUGAAAAUUAACCGGGAGAUGGAGAAACAGAAACUGGAGAUAAACAAUCUGACUAAAACACAUUCUCUGCUCAGUCAUAGCCAGUCUCUUCUUAAAGAGUUAUGUGGAGACAAGUGA